AUGAAAAUGGUCGAGUUACGUGUAUAAGUAAGGUUAGUAUUAAGGUAUUAUUAAGGUAUUAAGGUAUUAUUAAGUAUUAAGGUAUUAAGUAUUAAGGUUAAUAAGUAAGCGCACUAUUUUUGAAAAUAUGAUUUUGAUACGAAUUUUUUUUUAUUUACAAUAAAAUAAAAUAAACUAAAUAAAUAAAAUAAUUGUGUAAUUUAAUUUUUUAUACGAUAGAAAUGCAAUUUGUAUUUUUAAUUUAAUUUGCAUCAAUACUCUUCAUGUUUCAAAACAUUUUAUCGUACGUAUGAUGAAAUUUUGCAGCAUACACAAAAAAAUCAUUAAAAAAAUGGAUUAUUAAAAAAUUAAUUAAUAAAUUAUAAAAAUAAUUAAACAUUGCAUAUUUAAAAAUUUCUCAUUUUUCCAAUUUUUUUUCUUAAAACACUGAAAUAGUUACACGAUUUACAUAAACUAGAAUAAAAAAUUUUCUAUUAUUAGAAUCAUUUCAAUUUUACAUUUGACGAUUUUUACGAUCAGGGGGACGAUAUUUGUGAACAAGACAGUACGUAACUGCAAAAGAUAGCUUUAUCAAAGAUACGAUUCAUAAUGGUCACGUACGCGAUAAUGUCGAUAAUUUAAUGAAUAGAUAUUGAGAAAUUAAUGUUGGCAGUAAAUAAAGAUUAUUACAUUUUCGAUCACAUUCAUAGAUUAGAUUACACUUAAAAAUAUAUUUUAUUUCCUGUUAUUUUUUAUUUUCUGCACUUACUAUAUUCAUUAAUAUUUUGAUUUUGUUUAUUUGUAAUAUUGUAACGUUUAUAUUGACGUGUAUUUAUUAAAAGUUUUUGUUUAUUAUAUAUCAUUAUUUUAAAAUAAACCAUUAUUGCAAAUUCACACUUGUUAAUUUUAAAGAUCUUGUUGAAGAAUAGUCAUAAAAUAUACUUGUAGAUUACAAAAAAGAAUUAUUAUUAUAAUAACUUUUGGAAAAUGUUUUGCGUAUCAAUAAAGAUUAAUUACUAUGAAAAAAAAUAAAUUGAAAUAUGAGGAAGGAUUUAGAAAUCAGAAUUCUUUUAAAAAUUAUUUUGGUUUAACUAAAAAAAAGAAAAAUGUAUGUUUAGAAAUAUAAAAUAUUUAUUUCAAAAUAAUUUUUAUAGUAAUUUAUUUUUUAAUGAUUAUAAUCUAGAUAAUUAUAUUCUAUCUAGAUAAUAACAUUAAAAUUAAUAAAUAAUGGAAACUUCUGUACUUUUUUAGUAUUAGAGUUUAUUUAUUGGUCGGGGAUCGGUAGAACAGUAGAAAUAAAAGAUAACUACAUACAUAUGUAUAUUAAACGAUUGGUCGAUCAUUGUUUGUAAUUAUGUUUACUUCGUUUUGAAUAGGGACUAACUGAUAUAUAUUUGAUUCAUUAAAGAAAAUUUCAGUAUUUAAUUAUUUGACAAUUUAAAAAUUUUAAUUAGGCAAUGUAUUUAAUUAAGUGAACUUUUAGUAAGUCCGUAUCAUAUAAUUACAUGAUUAUGUAUUAAUUCUAACUGACCGCUAUCUAAUGCAAAUAAAAGAAUUUGCUUGAUAUUCCAAAUUAAAUAUUUGGAUUAAACUGUCCUCAAUAUAGACUGUAGAUAAUUUUACGCACAACAACUCUUUUGUAACGUUAACAUCUCAUAUUUUUACGGAAUUUGAAUGUUAUUAAGAAAUACAAUUGUUUAAGUAAAUAUUUCCUUUUACAAAAUUUAGAAUCUCAGUUUAUCUAAUUAAAUUUCAGUAACUAAGUUACAUAAAGAGCCACAAAAAAUUAAUUACAUCACUUUUGAAUAAAAUAAUUUAUAUACACCAAAUAAAAAAAAUUUAUAUUAAUCACUUUAUUAGGAUUUCUUUUCUUAAACAAAAAAACUUUUGUUUCUGAUUUUUGUUUUUUUUCAUAUUCAAAGUGAUUAUAAGAAAUAUUAACAUAUUUUUUUAUUUUAUUUUCCAAUGCAUUUUUUUUUGGCUUAGGAAAAGUUCUACAUUUUAUUUUAGUAACAUAAUUUUUCAUACAAAUUUUUGAUCAUAUAUAUUAUAAUUAUAUGAAAUGGCUUGCAAAUAUUGUAAUUACUGCUAGGCCAUAUUAUUCUAAAUCACUACAUAAAAUCGAUAAAUAUUUAUCAAAAAUUCUAAAUUUUAUUUAAACCCUAAAGAUAUGAGGAAUUUUUCCAUUUCAUCUCAUCGUAGAAAUGUGAGUUUUUUAUACAAAUCGAAAUUGAAACUAUGAUUACAGCGGGUAUUUUUUGACGAAAAAUUAUUCUUGAGUGCAUGUAUUUCAGUAGUUAUUAGAUACAUAUUUUAUUCAUCGGAAUAAAAAAAUUUAUUGUAAUUAUGGUUAUGAUAUAUUUAAUAUAGAUCCAAUUUUACAAAUUUCCUUUCUAAUAAAUGUCUUUGACUCGAUUUAACGAUUAUCAAAUUAACCGAAUAGUCAUUUGCUAUAAUUAAAUGUGUAAUUAAAUACAACAAGCACGUCUCAAUAAGAUUAAUUAAAAAAUUGGAUUAAUUAAAAAAUGCAUUAUGAUUCCGAUUUAAAUAGUCACUCAUUUAACUUACAAUUAGAAGCUAAAUUUAAUAUUACGCGAAUGUUACAUGAAUGAUACACAUUAUAUAGUAUAUAUGUGAUAAACAUUAUUUUCUUAUCAACAUAACAGGAAGAAUUAAAAGUCGAAAAAUAUUUCGAAGUUUUACGAUUUUUGUUUAUUAAAACUUUAGCAAGGUGAUAUAAUCUUAUAAACUAAAGAUUUUAUCUUUUCCUUAUUUUUUCCUUCCUGUAGUUCAUUACAGUUAAUAAUAAUAAAUUCUGUCAUAUUCUUAUUGUUAGCCAUUGAUGUUGAUGAGUUGGGAUAUCCCCGUGAUGAUUGCAUUUAGUAAUAUUUUACGCAGAGAGGGGAAACAUUCAGGAAAAAUGGUUAUGCGUUGUAUACUUCGUUCAUUUGCUUUGUCGCAGUAGUCAACAGUUAAUGGUCUUAGUUGGUUAAUGGUUCUAAUGUUCUAGGUGUUUAAUUUAAUUCAGUUAUAUUUCUAUUUUAGUUUUACAAAAGUGUGAUUUCUUUUUUAAAAUUUUGUGAUAAUGUAAUUUUAUUUUUAUUUAUAAUUAUUAUAUCUUAUUAUUAUAUCUUAUUAUUAUAUCUUGUUAUUAUAUCUUGUCUAAAGAUAAAAAAAAUUUAUAUUUAUUAUUGUAUUGAUUGUUGCAUAUUUAAGUAUACAUACAUUGUGUAAUUCGUAAUUGAUAACGUUUGAAUACGAUGAAGAUACUAUUUUAACCUUUAUUACAUUGAUGCUCAUAGAUAAUUAUAUCAUUUGACAUAAUCUGAUUUUUAAUUAAAUCUUUAAAUAAUGCAACCUAUUUCGAUGUUAUUAUUUUAAACGUUACAAUACGUUUAGAUUAGAAUUUUAAGUGAUAUUGAAAUAUAUAAUAAAUUAUCUUUUUUCAGAGAAAUCUUAUCAAUAUACCAUGCAAAGUAAUUAUACUACCGAGCCUCACAAUGAUUCAACAAUUACAACAGUGUCUCACCUGCAGGAAAUGCAAAAUAAUGAGAAAGCAACUGAAAACACUUGUUUGACAUCUAAUAAUAGUCAAACAUAUUUUGCCGAUGAAAAAAUUCACAUACCAGAAAUAGAAAAUGUAGGUUUCUUUAAUUUUAAAAAAUUAUGGGCUUUCACAGGUCCUGGUUUUUUAAUGUCUAUAGCUUAUUUAGAUCCUGGAAAUAUAGAAUCUGAUUUGCAAUCUGGUGUAGCUGCUAAAUAUAAGUUAUUAUGGGUAUUAUUAAGUGCAACCAUUCUUGGCCUUGUUAUGCAAAGAUUAAGUGCAAGGCUUGGUGUGGUAACAGGUUUGCAUUUGGCAGAAAUAUGUUACAGACAAUAUAAAAAAAUACCUAGAAUGAUUUUGUGGAUAAUGAUAGAAAUAGCUAUAAUUGGUAGUGACAUGCAAGAAGUAAUAGGAACAGCUAUUGCUUUGUCUUUAUUAACAAAUAAAGCGAUUCCUAUAUGGGGUGGUGUACUUAUUACAGUAAUCGAUACCUUUACAUUUUUAUUAUUGGACAAAUAUGGUUUAAGGAAAUUAGAACUCUUUUUUGGAUUUCUUAUUGCUGAAAAAAAUACAACCAUUUUAGUAGAUCUCAACAAGGGUGGCAUAUUUUUGGGUUGCGCCUUUGGUGCGGCAGCAAUGUAUAUUUGGGCGGUUGGUAUUUUUGCUGCUGGCCAAUCUUCCACAAUGACAGGAACGUAUGCCGGCCAAUUUGCAAUGGAAGGAUUUUUAAAUCUGCAGUGGGCUCGUUGGAAACGAGUACUCUUUACGCGAAUGAUCGCUAUUGUUCCAACCUUUCUCGUAGCAUUUUUCAGUAACAUAGACAAUUUAACUGGCAUGAACGAUAUUUUGAACGCUAUUAUGACUCUUCAAUUACCUUUUGCAACUUUACCAACAAUAGCAUUUACCAGUAGUUCUCAAAUUAUGGGUGAAUUCCGAAACGGAUUAACUAAUAAAAUUAUUGCGACAGCACUAUCUGUCGUUGUAAUAACUAUAAAUAUAUAUUUUGUAAUAAAUACUGUCCAAGAUGAUUUGCCACAUCACUGGCUGAUAAUACUUGCUAUUGUUAUAUAUUCUAUUUUAUAUCUUUUAUUUUGUCUUUAUUUGACGAUCCAUAUGGCUGUGAGUAUGGGCGCGACUUCUCUCGGUGACCAUUGGGUGUGUAUUAAAUAGGAUGAUUAACACUUCAAUUAUAUUAUCUAUUCAUUUUACUAUUAAUUUUUAUUACAGUUUGUAAGAAAAUAUAUCGGGACUCCCGUAAAUACAACACUUGGAUUAUCAAAUCCUGCAUUAUAUGCAAGGUAAGAAUUAUAUGUAUUUUAUAUAUAACAAAACUUUGUUUCAUAAUUGUAUUAUCAUUUAUUACUUAAAAUUUAUUACUUAAUGAAAAAAGAAAUUGCUUUUCCCAUUUGUACAGUAUAUAUAGUAUAUUUACUUAUGAUGUGCGCGCGCACACAUACAUACAAUAUACAAUAUUAUAUAAAUAUAUAUAAAGUCUUUCACCUGAUUUUGACAUCUUAAUAGCGAAAAAUUUUUAUAUGGAAAUUGAACGGUUCAAGGAAGACAUGUUAUUUUGUUGUUAAUUUUUUUGUAGGGGGGCGCGUAAAAAUCAUACGAAGACAAAUUCUCUUUUUUUAAAUGAAAUCUAUAUUUUUUUAUAUGGAUCAAUACACCAAUCAAUGCAAUUUUAUUCUUUAUAUAAAAAAGUAUUAACCUCUUUGUGUUAAGAAUAGUUUAGAAAAUAUUUUAGCUUUAAUUCUGUAAGAUUAUUGAUAUGAAAGAUGAGAAAAGACAAGGACAGUAUUCUUGCGUUCAUAUUAUCCUUGUCUUUUUUUUAUUUAAACUUUGGAAACCAUUUGAGGUUUAUUGUCCUUGUCCUUUGUAUAAAUUUUAUAAAAUUAAAAUUAAAAUAUCUUCUAAAUUAAUUUUUCGACAUAAACAGAUUGAUACUUUUUUAUAGAGAAUAAAAAGUUACAUUGAUAAAAGUUGUAAAGUAUAAGAAACUAGGAUUCCAUUAAAAAAAAAGCAAAGUUGAUAUUCAUCUUCAAGUCAGUUAUAUGAUCUUUACGCAUCAAUCAAUAAUCUUACGUAUCUACAAAGAGACUAAUAAUAACGUAAUAUGUCUUUCUCGACACCAUUCAAUUUCCAUAUAAAAAUUUUUUUUUUCGCUGCGAGUAAUAACAACCAUGCAAUCAAGAUGUGAAAAUCAGAUGAAUUCUUGUCUUACAUUAUCCUUAUCCUUAUCCAUUUGUGCCAAAAUAUAUAAAGUAAAUAACAUAUUGAUAAAUUACUUCUAUAAACAUUAUUCUAUAUAACAUUGUAAAAAUAAUUGUUAGUUCUUUUGAUGUGCAGUUAACACAGUAAAAAAAUAAUCAAAUAUUUGUAAUAUAUUUUUUAAAUGAAUUAUAGUAAUUGGCAUGUACGUGUGAAUUGCUCUUACGCUUAAGAAUAACCUAUUUAUUAAUACAUUAUAUUUGUUACAAAUUAAUAUUAUUAUAUGUGUUCAUUAAAAUAACAAACAUUACACUGUAAAAUCAUUCAGUAUAAUAUAUUUUAAAAUAUAUGUUUAUGUAAUAUUAUUAAUUGCUGUAUGAAAUCAUAUUCAACUUUAAGAUAAAAAUGAACAUCAUAAAAUUAUAAUUAUGAUUAUAUAUUAAAUAGAAAACAUUUUAUAGACACGUAUGCUUUAUUAACAUUGUAUACAUUUUGUAAAAAAUACUAAUGAAUAUAUGAUACAAAUUCUAUGUUUUUCUGUGUUUUUAUUUUAUCAUUAUGUACUGUUAUAUUCUUUGUUAUUAGUCUAUAUUAGCACUUAUAUUCUUUCGUUACAUUUUUGAUUUUUAAAUUAAUUUUGCAAUUAAUUUGUAAUUCAAAAGAAAAAACUUUUAAGUUUAAUAUUUUCACAAAACAGUCUUUUUAUAUUCGUCAUUAUUGUUAAAUAAUACUCAAUAUAAUUAAGAUUUCGGAAAUUAUUCUUUUUAUAUUUAUAGCUUCUUCAAUGCAUCAGAAACAUCAUUAAAUAUAUAAUAACGUUUGCAUCAUGCAUAAUACUAUUAAUUAAUUAAAAAGAUUUUAAAAUCUAUGGUAUGUAUUUUAUAUCAAAUUAAUUUUUUUUCUUGUUAUAGUCAUAAUAAAAAUAAAAAAUAACAAUUAAUAUAAUAAUAUAAAAAACUUUUUUAAAACAUAUUUAUUUUAUACUUUUAUUUCAAACAUAUUUUCGUCAAUAAUUAUCAUGCGAAUGGAUAACUAAAUAUUUUUGCAUGCACAUUUUUAACCGAUUUAACUGCAGCUUAUGUUAAUUAGAUUUCCAAAAUUAACAAACGGUAAGAAAUUUUAAAAAAAUUUUUAUUUUAAUCAUUUGAAGAAAAUUUAAGUUGCCUUAUUAACUUUUUAUUAAUAUAAAAUUAUUUGAUGUUUUAGGUCCAAUCCUGCAUUUAAUAUUCAAGAAAAUUGGUCUGGAAAUUUUAUAUCAAUACCAGAUUAUUGA